CUGAGAGAACCGGAGCGCUACAGAGCGGAAGUGAAGUUGCAUUGCCAUGGGAAUGAUUUACCUUUACUAGAAAGACACACAGAAGCAGUGUGGACGGUACCCACCCCCUGGCACAGGACUGACGGGCACAGCAUGGCGAGCAUGAGCGUCAGUGUACCAGUAAAAGAUGGAGGCUCUCUGCAGAAGGGACUGAAACGGAUCUGCAGAGACGGGCAUGAGGAAGCGCUCGUAAAGAAGCGGUUGAUGGCGGAAAUGAAGCUGGCACAGAGGCUGAAGCAUGAUGAUGUGGAGGGGGAUAAAGUGCUGGAUCUAAAUCCGGCUCUGAAACACACGCUGGCACAGUUCACUCUAAGCAGCCGCAGCUCACUCGGGGGUCCGGCUGCGUUCUCAGCCCGGACCACCACUGACAAGGACCUCAGUUUGCCCAUACCACCUGCCCAGCCUCUUCCUUCUCCCUCGAUACUGGGGACAGGGCCUUUACUGGUGCCCAGCGACAGUUCCACUGAGCUGACCUACUCUGUACUGGAGGGCGAGUCCAUUUCCUCCUUUCUUGUGGGGGGUGAGAAGCGUCUGUGCCUGCCGCAGAUAUUAAACUCAGUACUGCGGGACUUUGCGCUGCAGCAGAUUAACGCCGUGUGUGAUGAGCUGUACGUUUAUUGUGCUCGUUGUGAUGGCCAGCAGCUGCAUGUUCUCAAAAUGUUGGGCAUCCUGCCUGUCAACGCUCCGUCCUGUGGUCUGAUCACACAGACCGAUGCUCAGAGACUGUGUAAUGCCCUGCUACGCCCUGGCACGAACCCCUCCACCUCUGCGGUUCCACCUGUCCUGAACUCUGACCGAGAGGGAUUCCGGGUGGAGCACUGGUGUAUGGGAAGAUGCCGCGGAGUGUUCGUACCACGAUGCUACGUGCACCCGGAGGCACCGUGUGUGCAGUGUGUGAAGUGUAGGCUUCUGUUCACACCACAGAGCUUCGUCAUGCACUCUCACCAGCCACCAGAUAAACGAACAUGUCACUGGGGCUUCGAUUCAGCCCAGUGGGGGCGCUAUCUGCAGCUCAGCACAUGCUACGAGGGCACAGCCGAGGAGAGCACGCUCAAAAAAAUGCUUAAUCAGAUGAAAGAAAAGUUCAGCCUACAUCCAGAGAUGCUCUCGUGCCAGGUGCCGAACCACGAACUCGGUGUGAAAACGUCCAGUCCUGAUCUCAGUCUUCAUACUGAUACACUGCAGAGAGAGGAUCCUCUGGCCUUCAGUCGUCUGUCUUCUAAAAUUAAACAGGAAGUUGGAAGCCCAGCGUUCAUCCAUCCCAGUUUUUACCUGUAUGAUGAGAUGGUGGCACCAAACGUGUCUCUGCAGAAGAACCUUGUAGACCGACUGGAUUCACUUGGAACCCUGCUCAAACAUCAAUACAGCAGAACCACACAUGAUCUCCAUGUCACCCCCUCAACUAUUGUCAAGGAAACUAAAUCUUACCAUGGUGAUGAAGCACAUGAACACUGCCACCCUCCACCCACGGGCAUCACCACAGAAACGGGAAUAAAGGAGGAGGACGAUAAGAAACAGCUGCUUCUGGAGAUGGUUCACAUGUACAACACACAGCAGGAGCAGCUCAGCAUGACUCUACACACACACCUGCAACUGGAGACGGAGCUGCAGAAGGUCCGUGAUGGUGAUGGUGAUGAGAAGGAGUUGAGAAGAUUAUCCAGAGAGCAUGGUGAGCUACAGAAUGAGCUGGAGGUGAUGCACACUGAGCAUGCUCAGAAACUGAGAGGUGUUCAGCAGGAACACAGGAAGCUGGAGCAGAGACUGGAACAGUUCCAACACCAAAACUGUACCUGCAUACAUACAGAGGAGGGUUACACCAAACAGCUGAAGGACCUGCGAGUGAGACUGGAUCAGGCUGAGACAGAGAGACAGGAACUGCAGGAGGAACUGAGAAGAGAGAGACACGCCCAUCAGGAACUGCAGCUGAUUAUCUCUCAGCUUCAUCUACAGAUCAACCAAUCACAGUCCUGAUAUCAGCACUCCAUCCAAUCACAAUCCUCGCUUCAUCAGCUCCACCAAUGAGAGCGCUGAAAGACAGAACACACAGUCACUAGCACCCACACACACACACACACACACAGUUACACACACCGAGUCCUGCUGAUCUCUCUCUCACUCACACACACACACACACACACACACACACACACACACACACACACACACCGAGUCCUGCUGAUCUCUCUCUCUCUCACACACACACACACACACACACACACCGAGUCCUGCUGAUCUCUCUCACACACACACACACACACACACACACACACACACACACACACACACACACACACCGAGUCCUGCUGAUCUCUCUCACACACACACACACACACACACACACACACACACACACCGAGUCCUGCUGAUCUCUCUCACUCACACACACACACACACACACACACACACACACACACACACACCGAGUCCUGCUGAUCUCUCUCUCUCUCACACACACACACACACACACACACACACACACACACACCGAGUCCUGCUGAUCUCUCUCACUCACACACACACACACACACACACACACACACCGAGUCCUGCUGAUCUCUCUCACUCACACACACACACACACACACACACACACACCGAGUCCUGCUGAUCUCUCUCUCUCUCACACACACACACACACACACACACACACACACACACACACCGAGUCCUGCUGAUCUCUCUCACUCACACACACACACACACACACACACACACACACACACACACACACACCGAGUCCUGCUGAUCUCUCUCACUCACACACACACACACACACACACACCGAGUC